AUGGCCACGCCGGCAACGAAGAGCCUGGGAGAGCUCGACAGCGGCGCACGCCCGCAUGUCAUGUUCAUCCCGAGCGCCGGCAUGGGCCACCUCCUCCCGUUCUUCCGCUUCAUCGCGUCUCUCGCGGGGCACGACGACGACGUCGACAUCUCCGUGGUGACCGUUCUUCCCACCGUCUCUGCGGCCGAGGCCGACCACUUCAACAGCCUGUUCGCUGCCCUCCCCCACGUCCGCCGUGUCGACCUCCACCUCCUGCCGUUGAACGCUUCCGAGUUCCCAAGCCAUGACCGCGACCCGUUCAUUGUCCGAUGGGAGGCCCUGCGCCGCUCGGCGCACCUUCUCGGUCCGCUCAUCGCUGGCGCCGCCCCGCGCGUCUCGGCCGUCAUUACAGACGUGACCCUGACCUCCUACGUCAUCCCUAUCGCCAAGGAGCUCGGUGUCCCGUGCCACGUCCUCUUCAUCUCCUGCGCCACCAUGCUCUCGCUCAAUGCCUACUUCCCUCUGCACCUCGACAAGAAGAAGAAGGCUGAGCAGCACGAGCAGGGGCUAGCUGGCGGCAUCGGCGACGUCGACAUUCCCGGCGUGCGUCGCAUCCCGUGGUCUUGUCUCCCGCAGCCCCUGCUCGACCUCAACAAACUCUUCACCAAGCAGUUCAUCGACAACGGCCGCGAGAACAUCAACGCCGACGGCUUUCUGGUCAACACGUUCGACGCCUUGGAGCCGGCGGCGCUCGCCGCCCUAAGAGACGGCAAGGUCGUCCCCGGGUUCCCACCGGUGUACGCCAUCGGCCCGCUCAGGUCGCAGCAGCACAGCAACUCAGCUGCUGCUGAGGUCGAGAAGGAAGAAGACUCCUCCCCCGUCGCAUGGCUUGACAAGCAGCCAGCGCGGUCAGUGGUGUACGUCGCGUUCGGCAACCGCAGCGCCGUGAGCCAUGCACAGAUCAGGGAGAUCGCCGCCGGGCUGGAGGCGAGCGGCUGCCGGUUCCUUUGGGUGCUCAAGACCACAAAGGUGGACAGGGACGACAGCGCCGAGCUGACGGACGUGCUGGGCGAGGGGUUCCUGGAGCGACUGCAGCUGGGGCAGCACGGCCUCGUGACCAAGGCGUGGGUGGACCAGGAGGCCCUGCUGAAGCACCCGUCCGUGGGGCUGUACCUAAGCCACAGCGGGUGGAACUCGGUGACGGAGGCGGCUGCCGCCGGCGUGCCGCUGCUGGCGUGGCCCCGCGGCGGCGACCACCGCGUGAACGCUAUGGUGGCGGUGAGCGGCGGGGUCGGGGUGUGGAUGGAGCACUGGAGCUGGGACGGGGAGGACUGGCUGGUGACCGCGGAGGAGAUCGGGAAGAAAGUAAGGGAGGUCAUGUCCGACGCGGCGGUCAGGGCAAGGGCGACGAGGACCGGCGAGGAAGCGGCCAAGGCCGUCGCAGAGGGUGGCACCAGCUACCGGAGCAUGCAGCAGUUUAUUUCCACCCUCAAAGCAACCGGACACUCCGAUCUGAUCCAGCCCUUGCAUUGA